AUGGAAACUUAUAAUGGAUACAUCCGCACGCCAGCGGACGCUAUACUCCUCAUUCAGGCCUGCUACAACGGUUUCCUGCCUCGUGUUGGCAAACGACUAUCACCGAAAGAGGGACGAUCCAUUCAAAACGGCUCUGUUUUCAUCUGGGAAGAGCAUGAAACUGGGCUGAGAAGGUGGACAGACGGGAGAAAAUGGAGUCCAAGCCGAGUUUCUGGGCGCUUUCUCGUCUAUAGAGAAAUGAAGCGCAAAGAGCUCAGUGAAUCAAUGGCGGAGCCUGCACCAGGAUUGGACGUCACAUCAGAGGGCCCAUGCAAAAAGAGAGACUUCCGAUCAGUUGUCGGAAUAGCCGAUGACCAAUCUGCCCAUCGGCCUAAAUCACAAUUCAUGAAACUCUCAUUUAGCAUAGCCAGCCCCACCGGCCAGCACUGGCAUUUGAUCAAUUAUUAUCACCAGCCCAACGAGUCUGCCACCGAAUUACGAGAACCAACAGCGGAUCCUUCACUCAAACACAUAUGUCCACAAAGAGAGCUCUUUCCUCUAUCCUUGGUCAACGACCGGCAUAAUUUCGCCAUUUUCUCGAAAGGAUCUAAUUUGCCGAGCGUGGCUCCAGUUGAUCAAGAGCAAGCCUGCAAGAUGUGUGGAAGCUGUUACCGACAACCUCUUGAAGUCUAG